AUGGCUCUGAGAGUGCUAAGUUCGGAUGUGAAAAGUUCCCUGAGUGGGAGCGCGUUUUUCGACCACGGUUCUUUAGGGGAACAGGAACCCCCACCUCCAGUGCGUAGCUACCUUUGUUUGACUAUUUUCACCUGCUUUUGUCCAGCAUACCCCGUCAACAUAGUGGCUUUGGUCUUCUCUAUCAUGUCCAGGAAGAGCUAUGACCAGGGCGACUAUGACGGGUCCAGGAGGUUGGGCAGGAACGCUCUUUAUGUUGCUAUUGCCUCCAUCAUCAUUGGCCUCCUCGUCAUCGCCAUCUUCUGCACUGUCCAGUUUACCACAGUAAGGCACACUGAAAUCUACUGGAUGAUGGACUUUUAG